UCUCGUUAGCCCCGCCCCUUCCGGUGCCCCUGAGGGAGCGGGGCGGGAAGGACCUCGGCCGUUCGCGGUGAUGCGGGAGCGUCAGCGGAGCCGGGUCCGGGCGGCAGGGAGGAGCGGAGCCCCCGCCCGGCGGCAACAGCAGCCCCUGGAGCCGGCGGAGAGCGACAGUGGCGAUAGCGACGACAGCGGGAGCACCCCGCCCGCCGAGGGGGUGGAGGCCGGCGGUGAGGCUGCGGGAGCCUACCAAUCUCACCUGUCUUUUGAGGAACUGCUGCGGGCACAGAGCGAUCCAAGAACAAGAGCUUCCAAACAAGUGACUGCUGGGAAGAAGCCUGCAAGACCUCCCAAAGCGACUGUGAAGCAGCCACAAAGCAAAAAUGGGCCAUUGGAAAUGUCUGCAAAGAAGCCUGUGCCUUUUCUGCGACAAGUUGUCUCUUUUAGAAAAAAGGUCCGCAGGGACCCUCGAUUUGAUGACCUGUCUGGAGAGUAUAAGCCUGAAAUAUUUAUGAAGACAUACAGCUUCUUGGAUGGCAUCAAGCAGAAGGAGAAGGAGAUGGUUCAGAAGCAGCUGAAAAAAUGCCGGAAUACAGAGCAGAAGGAGAAACUCCAGCAGCUCCUGAACCGCAUGAAACAACAAGAGCAGGUGCAGAAAAAACAGCAGGAACUGAGGGAGAGGGAGCUCUCUUUGAAGAGACAACAGAGGGAAUUGGCCAAGCAGGGAAAGAAGCCCUUCUUCCUAAAGAAAUCCGAGAAGCGGAAAUUGGAGCUAGCCGAGAAGUAUGCAGAACUGAAGAGGAGUGGAAAGCUGGAGAGCUUCCUGAGCAAGAAGAGGAAGAGGAAUGCCAUCAAAGACAAGCGCCGUCUGCCCUCACAGAAGAACUUGUGACCAUUGGACAGAUGUGCCGUUGUCUGGCACUGGUACUCACUCUGCCCUGGCCAGGCCUGGAAGAUGGCCAUCCCUCUUCCCAGUAUCUGAAUGUUGUCAGGCAGCAGAGCAGAGGCUGAACUGAAGGAAAUGGUGCUUUUUGCAGCUGAAGUGUCCUCUUCGCUUGUGGUUUACACCAUCCCUAGGUGGUGACAAGUCUGUCGUGCAGGUGCAUGUAGUGUUGAUGGCUAUUUCUGUCUCUGCGCCUGCUCAUCUCUUCGCCACAGCCAGAGAAGAGAGUGGGAGCAUUGCUAGCUCUGCUCCAGGUCUUACUGGACACCAGCUCAGGUGGGAAAGAACCUCUGGAACAAGGCCUGUGCAGAGCCUGGGUAGUACCCAUUUCGGACCAAGUUGCAGAGGGCUGCUUCAGUUGCGUCUGGGAGUGUCCAAGGACUGAUGCCACCACAUCUCUCGGCCUCUGCUCUGCUGCUAGAUGUUCUCAAGAAGAACCUCUUUUUUACCUCUCCUCUAGGAAACCUGCCUGGUUUUAGUCCAUAACCAUUGUCUGGUUCUCCAUGAAGUGCCUAGUUCCAUUUGCUCAGCAGCUGCAUCACAAGUCUGAGGGUGCUUGGAAGGGGAGCUAUUAGGUGUCCUCAAAGCCUUCUCUUCCUAAGCGUAAAUAAUCCCUGUUUCUUCAGCCUUCCUUUGUGGUGCUUUUGCCACUGAUAGCUGGAGUCGGCCCAGAGAACCAGCGCAUAUCGCCUGGCGGCCCAGCCUGGAUGCGGUCCCGUGAGUGCAGAGGGAAGGAGAGACCAUCCCACCCCUCUCUAUGGGCUGCAUCCUGGUGAUGCAGCCCCUGGCAUGGGUGACCUUCCUCACAGGCCGAGUGUCUCCAACAGGGCUGCCCCUGCUCCGCUUCUCAGGGUGGUCUCUACGAGGCUAUUGGUGUUUCUAGGAAGCUGAUUCCAGACACAAUAAAAUACCUGUUUUCCUUUAUUCC